AGAACCGCCACGUUUUCGGUCCCCCCACCCUCCCUUUGACGGGUAAGGCAAAGAGAGCGGCGUCCUGAGGGGAGGGGGGGGGGAAGAGAGAACCAGGUGGACGUGCUCCGGGAACAGGGACCAGUCGCCGGUGCUUUCUACGCUUCUCAGAAGGGGAAAACCCCGGAACAAAAUUCAUCUAAUUAAGAAAAAAAAAACCUACAUACGAGGCAGUUAAAAAAAAAAGACAACGAUCCCUGAGGAUGGCAGCAGAAGCCAAUCACGUCCAUCCAAUGCUUGAAUUGGCAGAGGAGACUUGUGGCAAAAGGAAUGAUCAUUCCAGGAUCUCUCUAGAAUAUAUAGGAACAAGUACAGAUAUUAAGGCUUACAUGCUAAAGAAAUUGAAGAAAAAUUGCAGCUGUAGCCCAGCUAAAGCCAAAGAUCUGCUUUUCAGUUUUCUCCCAGUACUGACGUGGCUGCCCAAGUACAAACUGAAGGAGUAUUUCUUGGGCGACCUUAUGUCUGGCAUAAUUGUAGGAAUUUUGCUAGUUCCACAGUCCAUUGCUUAUUCCCUUUUGGCUGGCCAAGAACCUAUCUAUGGUCUAUACACAUCGUUUUUUGCAAGCAUCAUUUAUUUUCUGUUUGGAACUUCCCGUCAUAUCUCGGUUGGCAUUUUUGGUGUACUCUGCUUGAUGGUGGGAGAAGUGGUAGACCGUGAAUUACAAAUUGCUGGGUAUGAUUCAGUAUUGGGUGCUUCUAGCAAUUAUCAUUCUGAUAUGAAUGAUCUCAUAAAUGUCACAAUGGUGUCUUGGACUACCAAUCAGACUUCACAGAAAAUAUGUGAUAGGAGUUGCUAUGCAAUUACUGUUGGAGCAACUGUGAGUUUCAUAGCUGGAAUUUAUCAGGUUGCUAUGGGCCUCUUCCAGGUGGGCUUCAUCUCUGUGUACCUCUCUGAUUCUUUGCUCAGCGGAUUUGUUACUGGCGCUUCCUUAACCAUCCUCACCUCACAAGCCAAAUACCUCUUGGGCUUAAACAUUCCACGGAGCAGUGGCAUUGGUUCUCUUUUAAAUACAUGGAUAAACAUAUUCAGAAAUAUCCAUACCACCAACAUCUGUGACCUCAUCACCAGCUGCUUGUGCCUUCUUGUUCUUAUUCCAGCAAAAGAGUUAAAUGAGCGGUUCAAAUCAAAACUUAAGGCUCCGUUGCCCACUGAGCUUUUAGUGGUCAUAAUAGCCACAGUGGCUUCUCAUUUUGGGAAGCUGAAAGAGAAAUAUGAUUCCAGUGUGGCUGGACAUAUACCAACUGGAUUUCUACCACCACAAUCACCAGAUUGGAGUCUGAUUCCUAGUGUGGCUCUGGAUGCAGUGCCCAUAGCCAUUAUUGGCUUUGCCAUUACUGUAUCUCUUUCAGAGAUGUUUGCCAAGAAACAUGGUUAUACGGUUAAACCCAACCAGGAAAUGUAUGCCAUUGGUUUCUGCAACAUCAUUCCGUCUUUCUUUCAUUGUUUCACAACCAGCGCGGCCCUUGCCAAAACUCUAGUGAAAGAUGCGACAGGCUGCAAGACUCAGGUCUCUAGUCUCAUCACCGGUUUGAUCAUCUUGUUAGUUCUUCUUGUGAUUGCUCCCCUCUUCUAUUCCCUUCAGAAAUGUGUCCUAGCGGUCAUCAUCAUUGUCAACCUCAAAGGAGCCUUGCGAAAAUUUGGUGACCUGCCAAAAAUGUGGCGGUUAAGCAAAAUCGACACACUGAUCUGGUUUGUAACUAUGUUAUCUUCAGCACUGAUAAGCACUGAACUUGGCCUUCUUAUUGGGGUCUGUUUUUCAAUGAUUUGUGUCAUUCUGCGGACACAAAAUCCAGAAGGACAGCUCCUUGGUCUGGUACCAGACUCUGAAAUCUAUGAACCCCUUUCUGCCUAUAGUGGCCUUCAAGUUGAGCCAGGCAUCAGACUUUUUCGCUUUGAAGCACCAAUAUACUAUGCAAACAAAGAGAACUUUAAGUCCUUGCUGUACAAGAAGACUGGAGUCAAUCCUUCAUUGGAACUGGCAGCAAAGAGAAAGCUAGAAAAGCAAAUACAUACUGAAAAAUCAGAUGGAGCCAGUGGAAAACAGGCAGAAACUUUGGUGCAGCUUGUCGCUCAGCAACUCACAUUCCAUACACUAGUAAUAGACUGCUGUGGAGUGCAGUUCUUGGAUACAGCAGGAAUCCAUACACUCAAGGAAGUCCAAAGGGAUUAUGGGGAAAUUGGCAUCCAGGUGCUGCUGGCUCAGUGUAAUCUCUCUGUGAGGGACUCCUUGCAGCGAGGGGAGUAUGUUAAAAAAGGAGAGAAGCAUUGUUUCUUCCACAGUGUGCACCAAGCUGUGGAAUAUUCAUUGUGUACAUAUAAGCAUAAUGGCAGCUGUGUCUCUGAAACCUAAUGUAAGUAGAAGCUUCCUAUUUAAUGAGACUAAUGAUGCUGGGCAUUAUAUAUACUGUUAUCUCACCAAGUUGUAAAGGGCUUUUUUUUUUUUUCACAUGCUGUUGAUCAUACAAGAUUGUAAAAAAAUUCAUUUUGUACCUUUCGUUUUGCUCUGCUGAAUUGCGCACUGAGAAAAUGGUGAUGAAUCCUAUGCGUGAGUGAUAACGACACACAUUAGUUGUACUUGGCCAGAAGAACAAAUACUCAAAAAGUUUAAUGUGUGUGCAUCACAAAGUGGGCCCUUCUGGUUUGGAUGCUUUUAGGGCCAAAAAUCUUCAUCCCACACUGCUGGGCAGGUAAUGUCACCACCGUUCAGGGUGUACCUUUCAUGGAAGGAAAAAUUUGUGUUUCUUUAUGCUUGUACCCUCUCUUGCAACUCCAUUGGUGCCUCUCAGGAAUGCUUCUGAAUUAUGUGGGUGUGUCAUGAAUACACUAUUUGGGGAGGAAAUAUCUCAGAAAAAUGGAAAUCCAUCCUCAUUUGGGGCAUUUCUCCCCGCUUUAGAAAUCUCACCCCCCACAUUACCAAAUGUGGAAUAAACCGUAUGUCAAAUUAGGUGGCCAUGGGAAUAGGUGUGUCAUUUGAAAUACAGGUGGUCCUCGACUUACAACAAUUUUGUUUAGUGACCAUUCAAAGUUACAGUGGCACUGAAAAAUGUGACGACCAUUUUUCACAGUUACAACCUUUCCAGCAUCCCCAUGAUCAUGUGAUCAAAAUUCAAAUGCUUGGCAACUGGUUCAUAUUUAUGACCAUUGCUGUUCCCAAGGUCAUGUGAUUACCUUUAGCAACUGACAAGUAAAGUCAAUGGAAAAGCCAGCUUCACUCAACAACUGGGUUACUAACUUAUCAACUGCAGUGAUUCACUUAACAACUGUGGCAAGGAAGGUUGUAAGAUGGGGCAAAACUCACUUUAAAAUGUCUCACUUAACAACAUAAAUUUUAGGUUCAGUUGUUGUAAGCCGAGGACUACCUGUACACUGUAUAGAACACCUACAAAUAGUUCUCAAGUUAUAGCCAUAUUAUACAGUAGAUACUUAGUCUGUUUAGACUUUAUUUAUGAAAUAGAAAUCCUAACUCUUCUUUCAGCAAAACUAAUGGAUGGUGGCCAAACUAGUUAAAAUAUGUUAGUUCUUUGUCUGUGCCUCAAAACAAUUAGUUAUUACUAUUAAAUAAGGAAUCUGAUGAAUAAUCAUUUUUACAGGUAAACUAUAAACUUUCAUUGUGCUUUACUUUUUAUGUGUCCCUCCAAAAACUUUGCAGAAAUAAGAUCAUUGUUUUGAAAAUCUCAGAUAUAUGAAAUUCUAAGUGAAAAUGAAAGCAUUAUCAUCACAUCUUAAAGAGUCCUUUCCAUUCAUUGUUAACAGUGCUACAUCUGUCAUAAAAGGGUAUUGAGGGUUUUUGAGAUUGGUAGAAAAGAUUUUUGAUAAGGAAUCCUUGGAAUUCUAUAUUGCAAUUGUUAGUUUUCUUGGCACAAAAGAGAAGGGUUGUAACCAAUACUAAAGAAGAAUUCCUUUACAAUCUCUUCUGGAAAAUGGAAAUCUGUCAUAGAUAACAGCAAAGAUAAAAUGUCUAUUGAGUUACAGA